AUGACGAUUGUGUGUCCAGACAGGGAUUAAGGUUUGUAACACGUCACCGUUUGUCAUUUUCUAAAUUAAGAGUACAGCAGGUUGCUUUCUGCUAUACUACAUCUUCGCCUUAAAAUAAGACACCUUAGCUUUCAUACGCGCAGCGUUUUUUCCAUUGACACAGUCUGGAUUUGACCUGCCUCCCUGCUCAGCUGAUCAAUCGAUUUCUCCUAUGGUACACUGUACAAGAUGGCGGUAUCGGGCACAGAAAUGGAUGGAAUAAAUAUUGAUGGAUUCCUGAACAACUCAUUCGGGUCAUCUGGACUAGGGUCUCCAGACCUUGAAGACUUUACACGCCUGUUGACUGUUCCUUUUAGUGGCCGAAUAAAGGGAGGAAUGAAACCAGGCAAAAAAAUUAUCGUGAUGGGGAUUGUGGACCCUGAGCCUGAAAGUUUUGACAUCAGCCUCACUUGCGGUGACACGGACGAUUCUCGUGCUGAUGUGGCUAUCGAGCUGAGUGCCAGGUUCCCUGACAAGCAAUUCCUCAGAAAGGCGUGUGUGUCGGGAGAAUGGAGUGCUGAAGAAACGCCAAUCCCCUACUUCCCGUUCAUUCAGGACCAGCCAUUUAGGAUUGAAAUCCAUUGUGAGCACCAGCGCUUCAGAAUAUUUGUGGAUGGACACCAGCUCUUUGACUUUUUCCACCGUGUUGAGUCUCUACCGGCCAUUGACACAAUAAAGAUUAAAGGGAGCCUACAGAUAACUAAACUGGGCUAGGCUGGCCAUCAGAAUGAGGGGCUUCUUUGGGUCCAUGCUAGUGGGAGAGUCAUUCUUCAAAAACUACAGUCCUACAAUAGUAGCACAGCUGGGUCUGUUUACACACUGACAAUGCCUUUUUUUGAGUGAGCUUUGUCAGGUGAAUGAACCCGCUGUUUGACUUUAACAAAUAUAGUGAGAGGACAAUUUGCCACUAAAUAGCGUGUGGAUUCUUGGUGGCAAUUUAAACAAACUAAUGUUUGGUCUAUCUUAAGGAAGUCUCUAACAAAUACAGUCCUUCUUCUUAUAGGGAUAUCACAAUAUAACGUUUGCAGUAACAGCAAAUACAUAUUACAGAGAUGACUAUAUUAUUAUGAUAGAUAUGACUAAAUUCUAAAAUAAACAAAUACAUUUUUUCAAUUCAUGAAAAUAGGCUCUCAGGAAAAGAAGUGAUAUGUAUUUGUCUUCAGUGUAAUAAUAUUAUGGUAAGUUGCUACCUGACAAGCCGUUUUGAAAUCCGGGCGAAGUUUUGCGUGACCAAUAAAUUAUGUUAUCUUUAGCCUAAUUAGUAAAAAUGAAUUUGCAAUGUGAUUAAUUCUAAUAUAUUGUGAUGUCUCUAAUUAAAAUGUAGCAGCUUAUUAUUAUCCACUAAUUUGUGAGAAUGCUAACAAGUGCUAAUAAUGUCAAAAUGAAGUGUUCUCUUUUUGCAGACAAGAUAUGUUGUUGUGGGUUUUUUUUUUUGUCAGUAUUUUUAUGCACUGAAAUAAAGAAGCACAACAAUAAGAAUAAUAUAUUCUAACCAGGGUGAUGUCCAGAAUAGAAAUGUUUUGAUUGCAGUGUAUGUAUGUAAUUUGAAUGACAUACCGUAUGUGCUCUGUCUCACUGCAAAAGUGCUUUACUUUUUAUUGUAAUAAUCUGUGAUAGUAAUAUUAAUAGGAGGACCUGAAUUUUUUGAAUGUAUACAUUUUUUUCUUGUAGAGUGGUGCAAAGAAUUCAGAUUUGACUUCCCAUUUUUAUAGCCACAUUGAAAUUGUCUUUACCAAUAGAUAUUUAAAUGAUUAUCCACUGGGUGCUUCUCUUCUGUUGACUGAAAACAAUGAGAUAAGAAUCAAUCUGAAUCCUUAAAGGGAGUUGAUUUUAAGUACAAGGUCUGGAUUUUUUGCAACUCUGUAUGUUUUAGGCUAGUCGUGUACAUUUGGCUUGUCGUUUUAAAUCUAAAUAGCUUAUUUGUUGUCGCUAAGAGGAACAUCAUGUCACGGCCAGUGUAUGGGAUCCUCUUACAUCACCAACACAUCAGCCAGUCCUCAUGUUAGGAGUGUUUCAACACUAGCUUUAUUAUAAGCUUUAACAUUUUUGUGACUUAAAGAUAGCAAUGAAAAUAGGUGAAAAAAAUGUUAAUUGAACAUAGUCUAUAUAUAACAUUAAUGUGAACCUGUCUUUUGUUGUAUGUGUGAAAUCAGACAGUUUCACUCUGAUGCUUUUAAGGCAGCAUUAAAUUCAGCUCCCAGGUACAUGAUGAUUGGAAGAAUGUAUACCCCACAGGGCCAAUGGCCAAAUUCAGAAAUCAUUAGUAUACCUGUAUAUAUGCAUUGCAGUUUUAUGCAUUUCUUGGCUGACUAAUGUUAUUGUGAAUAACAUUAGUAUUAUUUGUGAGUUUUUUAUGAAGUUUAUUUGAUAGAAAUGCAACAGGAUAUUUUUGAGGUCAACAGGGUAUUGUUUUUGUAGAUGAGAUAUGUAAGUUAAAAUGGAUUGUCCCUGAAUUUUUAUGCCAACAUUGAAUAUGAAUCUUGAAAACCUAUGUUCAGCUUUUUUGUACUUGAGAAUUGGCAGUUAGUAAGCAAUAAGCCCCCCAAAAUAGGGCAUUUCCCAGAACUUAUUUGUGUUUGAUAAUCGGGGGGGGGGGGAUACUUUAAAAUUGACUAGAUGUGCUAGAUGAAUGUGCUUUUUGCUUUAGAAAUAUACAUGCUGAUAUGGUUGGGAAAGUAAUGUGAUGCAGCUGGCUGUAUAGGCUACAAUGAUAUGGAUAGAUAUAAUUGAAUUGAUAAUGUUAUGUUUCAAUGUUUUGUUUUUUUUAAGAUCUUCUUUCUCAAUGAAAACAAUAUCUGUGUUUACUGAUAUGAAAUGUUUGUGAAUAAUUAUUCAAAUAGCAUAGCAAAGAUGUUACGGUCAGGGUGUAACUCCUUCCCGGUUUUGUAGCUGUGCACCGUGUUGUAGUAAGUGUAAAAAAAUGCCUUUGUCUUAUGUGGAUCCAGAACUGGGGGUGGAUAUGGGUUGCGAUGUUGUGAUUUUGGGAAACAGCUUUUUGUAGUUUUUCCUAAUGCCUAGAUUGGUGGCACAGUUGUGGAUCCAAACCAGGACUUUGUGGUUCUAACCAGAUCUAUAAUUACUUACUAGAACACCAAGGUUUAAAUAAACAAUUAGAACCUCAAUGGGACUAAGUAUUGGUGCUCAAUUCAGUACUUACUGACCUGGCUGGAAGAAGUUCCUGGAUUGGAAGAACCACAACAGAGUACCAUUUGCCUAGAUGGUAUUCCUUUGUAUGGCAGGAGAGUUUUUAAGUGCUGCUAAUCAUUAACCUAAAGCUGUAGAAAUGAUAGAGGCAUAUCUCCUGAAAGAAGGACACACAAAAACAAACACUAAUAAAAAAAGUGUAUGUCACAAUGCAGGAACAGGGUAGUCUUGCACUUUUUGUAAAGUUCUAUAUUGUUUUCAUCAAUGUUGCUCUUCUAAUCCUGGUAUUCCUGGCAAAUGCCUGUUCUAUCAACUUUGUACAGUACCAACCAGCAUUACUGAGAUGAUCAGAAAGCCUGUUACAAUUACCACCUCCUGUUCUUCCACCUGGAUCCACAUUAGCUUCUACUUGUUUCUACUGUAAUGAAAUGCAACUUAGACUGGUUUUGAAAGCUUUUUGCUCCAGAGCACAUUUCUGCCAUUUGUUUAUUCUCUGAAAGUAAAUGAACUGGGAAAAUUACAAAAACCACUAAGAACCACUUAAGGUAUUCCAUUCCGUUUGACAAUGCCUGAAGAAUUUUGAAUAACAGGAAAAAAAAAAAAAAAAGUGCUAAUUGUGAACUGGAGCAAAAAGCUUAGAAAACUUGAUAAUGUCAAACUGAUUAUAACUAGCUGUGGCUGUUAAUGUAUUAGUCUUUAUGGUAGAGGACAAUUAUAUAUUAUUUGGCAACUGCAAUGUAAUUAAUGUUAACUAUUAGGUAAUUAUUUUACCAUUACUAAUUUACAUAAUGAAUUACUGUUAUACCACAUUGUAAGUUAAUUGAUCAUUUUGAAGGGGGUAGUUAGAGUAAAUAAACACAAACAUGUACAUUUUAUAAACAAUAUAUAAAUAAUAAGAUACUGGCAUGAAUGCUAAAAUAAUUACCCAAUCAUUCAAAGUAUAAUGACCCUUAUAACUGUAGUUGACAAACAAUUAACUGUAUUAUAUAAUUACCUGUGCCCUGUAACUGGAAGCAUUACAAGAAAACACAUCCCAAGUAGACAUUUUUUUUUUUCUCAAACCUAGCGCUGCUCUAAUAAAGAUAAUGGUUUUACAAAGUACAGGAAACUGUGUAAAGUGUGUUAAACUGCUAACACAAAGCAAUGUAUUGUAUGUACAAUCAUGUUUUGCUGGCUGUGGAAGACCUGUUAUCAGAGUUCAAAAGCAGUCCCUUCCUGUUUUGGCAUUUGUCCAGUGUGCAUAGGUCUAAUGUAUGCAGAAGACAAGUAAUCUGUUAUCUAAAAAGAGCAGUCAUUGAAUGACCCUCUUUUAGACCAAAAAACCUUGUCAACAACUGUCUUAUUUGAAAGCACUUUAAACAUCAGAAUUUUUUAAUGAAACAAGAGCACAUGGACUUGGUAUUACAAUGUCUUUAGUUUAAAUAAAUAUUCUUUUAGUGCUUCCAUUGCCAUUAUAAUUUUGUACAUGCACUGUGAGUUCCUGGCACUUUUUUUUUCCACAACUGGUGUUAAUGCAGUGUCAAAUACUGCCUAAGGCUACCAGAUGCCAGUCUGAAGUUGGCAUGCUUAAAAAGUGUAUUUUAAAUGUGUUGUGUUUACUUCUGUUUUUGUUUUUGUCAGUAAAUCAUUUCCUUGUUAUCUCAUGACAGGUAUCAUUCCAAAUAAA